UCCGGCGACUUACAUUCUCGGGGCAUACGAGAGAGAGGCGCCCGGCGAUACCGGCCCCCGCCCCGGGCAUCGCGUAAGGGGGGCCACCGGUAACACCGUCGUAGGGAGCGGAGAGUCAGCUCGGUGCAAAAACCUCCAGCGAGGUCUCCGUACCUCCGCGCCGAGUUAAUCCGCAAUGGGGGAUCCAAUUCUUUCAGCCGGCUGCAAAUGCAGCUUUACCUACAGCAGGCACACAAGCUCCAGUACCGGGAACAAAUAUAAAUCAAGCGCAAACACGGAACGAUUUCAGUGAAAGGUACGACUUGGAUGCAGGAGAUUGUCCCUCUGAUCAUGAGUGGAGGAGAUCCGGCCUCCGUUGAGACUCUUCCUAACUGGGACCGUGUACCCUGGUUGGAGGAGCACCGGGCCUACAUCCUUGAUCUAGACAAAAGGCCAUCUCCCCGAAUGUUUUCUACCCACUUCCAUUACAACAUGAUGCCUCCGGCGUUCUUUGAAGCAAAGCCAAAGGUCAUCUAUGUCAUGAGGAACCCCAAAGAUGUGUUUACGUCUUCCUUUCAUUAUUAUGCGAUGACUUCGUUCCUGGUGAACCCAGGCCCACAGAACGAGUUCCUCCACAAGUUCCUUGAUGGAAAAGUUAUGUUUGGCUCAUGGUUUGAUCAUGUAAAGGGCUGGCUGAGCGCUGCGGAUAAAGAGCGCGUAAUGCCCAUCUCCUAUGAAGAGUUGAUCAUGGACCUGAAGGACUCUGUGGCCAGAAUUGCUCAAUUCGUAGAGAAACCUCUGGACACUGAGGUGAUAGAGAAGAUAGCAGACCGAUGUUUGUUCAAGAACAUGAAGCAGAACAACAUGUCAAACUACUCUGCUGUUCCCCAUGAAUACAUGGACCAGACAAAGUCCGAAUUUCUCAGGAAAGGAAUUGCUGGGGACUGGAAAAACCAACUAACAGUGGCAGAAGUGGAGUAUUUUGAUGCAGUUUACAAAGAAAAAAUGAAAGAUGUCAAAUAUAAAUUUGUAUGGGAUCAACAUAAACUUGAUGAACGUGCUUAAUCAUUCCACCAUGCCACCAUGCAGAACCUGUGUAUCUUUCUCACAGACAGACCAUUACUCUAACAUUAGAAAAUCUUAGUCAGUCUAUAUGAUGUAGGUUUUAUAUACUAUAAUCUUGAAUUAAUUUUCUUAUUUGGCAAUUAACAGUUGAUACUUUUACUGAAAAAAGGAGUUUUCAGCCUUUAAGAAAACAGGUGUUUCUUAGAUUUAAAACUUAACUAAAAACUAUAAUAGUACCUCCGCAAAGGAGGUCAUGUAAUCACCAGUGUCUGUUUGUGGUUUGUUUGUCUUAUUUGUCAGCGGGAUUAUGCAAAAACUACUGAACCGAUUUGCACCGGACUAGGUGGGGGGAUUGGGCAGGGGCCAGGGAUGAACCCAUUAAAUUUUUGGGCAGAUCUGGAUCACUUACUAUGAAUUUGAUUUUUUUCCUCUGAAGUCUGGUGUAUGUUGUUUGACAUUUGCCUUGGUGGAGUUCUGCACUCUACUGAGCGCAUUUUCAAGUUAGUUUUUGUUAUGGCCAUGCUGCUUAAUACCAAUAACCAAUAGAUUUAGUAUGUCGGUGUACGUAUGUUGGUUCAUUUCCUAAAUAGUUAACUAAAAAAAAGUUUCCUAAAUAAGAGUUGAAAUUUGAAUUGAAUUAGCUUGGAAAUUCUGUAAACACUCUGGACACAAACUCAAAUAAAGCACAGACACUGAUGGAUUUGAACA